AUUGUGAAACGAAAUGAAAGGUUUUGUGACGAAAGGCUAACCUGCAAAGUUUGCAGCGCAAACCUACAAUUACUUAGAAACGCGUUAAGUACUACUAACGGUGUAGCCUUGGGUGAACGCUGACGUACUUACAUUUCGAAUGUAAACGAAAUAAUGGCAAAUCAAGACGAUUUAGUUGAAAAAAUCAAAGAACAAGGUGAUAUUGUAAGAAAGUUAAAAGCUGCGAAGGAGUCUAGUGAAAAGUAAAAAAAAAGGGUGUGGUGAUGAGAAAUCAUAUUAGUGGAAAUAUUUAAUCAAGCAUGUCAUGCAAAAUGGUGAGGUUUGGCAAAAACUAUGCAACAAUUUUGAAACUUUACAGUGUUGUAAACAACAAAGUUUUUGCUAAAACUAUUGCAACAUCUUCUUGCUGUAAGAUAAAACAAGAAGUAGCUAAACUAUUAAAUCUUAAGGCACAGCUUGGUGCAGAAGAUGUGGUUCCACAAAAGUUUACUCUCAAAACUCCCAAAGGCACCAGAGACUACAAUCCACAGCAGAUGACAAUAAGAAAUAAUGUUCUACAAAAGAUUGUUGCUGUGUUUAAAAGACAUGGUGCAGAGUGUAUUGACACACCUGUGUUUGAGUUGAAGGAUGUAUUAACUGGCAAAUAUGGUGAAGAUUCAAAGUUGAUUUAUGACCUCAAAGAUCAAGGAGGAGAAAUCCUUUCACUAAGAUAUGACUUGACUGUCCCUUUGGCAAGGUAUUUAGCUAUGAAUAAGAUUAACACUUUAAAACGGUACCAUAUUGCAAAAGUGUAUAGACGGGACAAUCCAGCUAUGACAAAAGGAAGAUACCGGGAAUUUUAUCAAUGUGAUUUCGAUAUAGCUGGCCAGUAUGACCCCAUGGUCCCUGAUGCAGAAUGCCUUAAGGCAGUCACAGAGAUUUUGAACUCUCUUGAUAUUGGGAAAUAUGUCUUGAAGGUUAACCACAGAAGGUUGUUGGAUGGUAUGUUUGAGGCUUGUGGAGUACCUAAUGACAAAUUCAGGUCAACAUGUUCUACUGUUGACAAACUAGAUAAGUCACCUUGGGAGGAAGUGAGAACUGAAAUGAUAAAUGAAAAAGGUGUGAGUCCCGAGGCAGCCGAUAGAAUUGGAGAAUAUGUCAGGUUGAAUGGUGGUGCAGAAUUAGUGGACAAGUUACUAAAGGAUGAGAAGCUAUCUAAAGUUAGUGCAGCAAUAGAAGGUCUCGAAGGUAUAAAAUUAUUGCUGGAAUAUUGUGUACUUUUUGGUAUACAAGAUAAGAUAUUGUUUGACUUGAGCUUGGCAAGAGGCUUAGAUUAUUAUACUGGAGUCAUUUAUGAAGCUGUUUUGACCGAGCCAAUUAAAAUCGGUAAUGAAGAGCAAACUGUCGGCUCUAUAGCUGGUGGUGGGAGGUACGAUAACCUUGUUGGAAUGUUUGAUUCUAAAAACAAACAGGUUCCAUGUGUGGGGGUCAGUAUAGGUGUAGAACGCAUUUUCUCAGUUCUCGAAGCAAAAUUGGCAGCGGGUGAGAUGCGUGUGCGCACCAACGAAGUUGAUGUUUACGUGAUAUCUGCGCAAAAGAACUUCUUAGAGGAACGGAUGAAGAUAUGCAAUGAACUCUGGAAUUCAGGCAUUAAGGCUGAACAAUCCUACAAAAAGAAUCCCAAAAUGCUGACCCAGCUGCAGCACUGUGAAGAUAAUGGUAUUCCGUUGGCUGUGGUAUUAGGUGAAUCGGAAUUGAAACGGGGCAUAGUAAAAAUUAGGAACGUCGUUUCCCGGCAAGAAGACGAAGUCCCAAGGGAGAAACUCAUUGAUGAACUUAAGGCACGGAUAGCAACUCUAAACAAGAUCGAAAUGAAUGGUUAUUAAUAUAAUAUUAGAUACAAAAUUAUUUUAAAACCCCACUAAUUGUCCUUAUAUUUAUUUUCAUUUGUGAUUAAGCCAUCCUUACCUGUUACAGUUGUUUUAUAUGCUAUAUUAGUAAAUUUUAAGAAAUGUGAACCUUAAGGAAAUUAGUUUAAAUUACCUAUGGAAACAAUAAACUUCUAGAGUUUUCAGUUUAUGGUGGGACCAGUCCAGGCUCCGGUACAUUGUUAUAAGUUUAUACAGUAUUGAAAAUUUGUUAUAUAAGCCUAUAACAGGGGUUGGCAGCGUAUGGGCGGCUCUUUCGGUGUAAAGAUACGGCUCUCAAGUUCAGUUAAAAAAAAAUUGUCAAAACAAAACAGUUGAAUACCAUACUAUAAUAAGAUUGAGAUAUUUUCUAUGACUAAGAGAUAAUUAUCAAACUAGUUUAUCUUAAAUGAAAUAUAUCAAAUAGAAGUUCAAAUAAUAUUAAAGCGAAAUUUUUCAGUAGCUCUUUCAAAAUUGUGAUAUUUUGUAAAAUUUAGAUUUUGACUCCUCCAUCCCAUAAGUUUGGCGACUCCUGGCCUAUAACAAUAUUAAAGACGAUCAUACCUCUAAGAUUAAUUGUGACAUAACCAUAGGGAUGAUGACAAUUUUGUAUUAUUUAUUUGUCCUUCAGGUAGAUUAUUGAAGAAUAUUAAACAGUUAUUUAUUAUCUUUUGCGAAAUCAAUAAGUUACGGCGAACUUUUUUCAUUUUAUACAUAGUUGUGACGUAGCGGGCUCCGCCUCCUCAAUUCCUUUAAUGCCUAAUAUAAGCCAUUUAUUGUUUAGUUGAAGUAAAAACAAAAGUAUAAAAUACUUAUUUAAUAUUUUUCAAUUAUCUGACAGACGGACUAAAUUUUUUUUUUCCUUACCCAGUCAUCAUCGCUAUGAUGUCGUCUGGACACCUUGUGAAGAUUUUUUUUAUGCUAUACUUAAAAGUUAAAUCGAUUAACUUUGUUAGUUUAAUUGUGUUCAAAAAUAAUUUUAUGUUAUGAAAGUAUGUCGAGUUUAUAGUGUGUAUCAUUAGUUCCUCGUUUUUAAUCCGUAUACGUCAUGCAUUUUUUUGUUUACACUCGCGUGUGAGUAUUUUGUUUUAUAUUAGUAAUUUAUUUAGGAAAUAUAAGUUCUCGUACAAUAUCAUCUUUUUUUUUUCUUAAUAUAUUUUUGUAUAUGUGAGAACAGUAGUACCUAAUAAAGAAUCCGAAGGA